AUGACUUUCCCUGUUUUGCCUGUUAUUUCUUCUCCCGAAGAUAGAGAAUCAAUUAAUGAGUUUUCUUUAGUGGGUCAAGUAAUUUUCCCAAUAGAAAGUGUUAGUAUCAAGAAACACUUUAUUCAUCAAUUUCCACAUGACGUGGAUAUUUUUGUAAAUGCUAUUGAUAAUGCCAGUAUUGACCAAAUUGUUGAGUUGUUGAACGUUGGGAUCAAGCAGGUGUUUGUUAAUGAGACUCAAUAUCGUGAAGCUAUUGAAGCAGGCUUACCAAGUGCUAGAUUUGUUGUGUCUGUUGAUGUCCCAAGUGCUGAAUUAGUGGCAUCUGAAGCAUCCUUUGUUGUUACUAAACCAUUUCCUGAGGGGAAUUUGAAAGAAUAUAAUGCGAAUGAAAACAGGGUUUUAUAUAUCAAAUCUGAUUUCACACAGGAUGAGGCCAUUGAAUUGGCUAAAAACUAUAUUCCAGUGAUUCCAAGCUCGAAAUUGUCUGUCAAACGUGAAGAAAAGAACAAGAUAUCAAUUUCUGCUGUGUUUGUUAGUACAUUGACUACCGACAGACCAGAUGGGUUGUACACCACAUUAAUCACAACGCCAUCCCCUUCUUAUACGGCAUUGGGUAUAGUGUAUUCCUCCAAGGACUCUAUAGUUGCUGCAAUUGAAGAGAAAGUUGGGGUUUAUCAAUCACGUAAACGCAGAGAUGAAUUAUGGUACAAGGGCAAAACCAGUGGUGCUACCCAGAAAUUAGUUAAGUUAUCCAAGGAUUGUGAUUCUGAUGUGAUUCAGUUUAUGGUAGAACCACGAACUGGCUAUGGGUUCUGCCACCGUGAAACCAAAUUUACAUGUUUUGGUGAUGAUAUGGCAGACUCUCCAGCUAGAGGAUUGCCCAAAUUAGAUAGUACUUUGCAAGACAGAUUAGAAAAUGCACCCGAGGGAUCCUAUACUAAACGUUUAUUUGAUGACGAAAAAUUAUUGAUUGCCAAAUUGAAGGAAGAGUUGGAUGAAUUGAUUGAAGCCAAGUCGAAGGAGGAAAUUGCUUGGGAAUGUGCCGAUUUGGUUUAUUUUGCCAUGGUCUGGUGCAUCAAACAUGGAGUGAGAUUGGCUGAUGUUGAAAAGAAUUUGGACGUAAAGUCCUUGAAAGUUUCCAGAAGAAAAGGAGACGCCAAGCCUAAGUACCAAGAGCCUACUACCAAUAGCAGCUAUAAGUUGGAGAUUGUUAGCAUUGAUGAUGCUGCUGCUGUUGAGCGUGCAAUGACAAGACCUGUUCAGAAGACUGCAGACAUUAUGAAACUUGUGCUUCCUAUUAUUGAAAAAGUGAAAUCUGAUGGUGACAAAGCUCUUAUUGAGUUGACAUCCAAGUUUGAUGGUGUGAAACUUGACACACCUGUUUUACAAGCUCCGUUCCCUGCUGAGCUGAUGGAUAUUUCCGAAGAAAUGAAAGCUGCUAUUGACUUGUCAAUGCAGAAUAUCGAAAAAUUCCAUGCUGCACAAUUACCCAAGGAAAAGGUUAUGACGGUAGAAACAUGUCCUGGUGUGUUCUGUUCUAGAUUUGCCAAGCCGAUUGAAAAUGUUGGAUUGUAUGUUCCAGGUGGUACAGCAGUAUUACCUUCUACGGCAAUGAUGUUGGGUGUUCCAGCAAAAGUUGCUGGGUGUAAGAAUAUUAUAAUUGCGUCUCCUCCGUCACGUGCUACAGGGAAGUUGACGCCAGAAGUUGUCUAUGUUGCGCACAAAUUGGGAGCAAAGUGUAUUGUUAUGGCAGGUGGUGCUCAAGCAGUUACGGCAAUGGCAUAUGGUACUGAAAGUGUGCUCAAGUGUGACAAGAUCUUGGGUCCCGGAAACCAGUUUGUUACUGCUGCCAAGAUGUAUGUUCAGAAUGAUACCCAAGCAUUAUGUUCAAUUGAUAUGCCAGCGGGGCCAUCUGAGGUUUUGGUUAUUGCAGAUUGCAAUGCCGAUGCUGACUUUGUUGCUAGUGAUUUGCUUUCACAAGCUGAGCAUGGUGUAGACUCUCAGGUAAUUCUUAUUGGUGUUGGAUUGAGCGAUGAGAAAUUGAAUGAGUUCCAGAAUGCAGUAGAGAAACAAGCCCAAGUGUUGCCAAGAAAGGAGAUUGUUGCUAAAUGUUUGGCCCAUUCAUACAUUUUGUUGGCUAAAACAUACCAAGAAGCCUUUGAUUUGUCGAAUCAAUAUGCUCCUGAACAUUUGAUAUUACAAAUCGACGAUGCUCCAUCUUAUGUUCCUGAUAUGAUUGAGAAUGCCGGUUCAGUUUUUGUUGGAGCAUUGUCACCUGAAUCCUGUGGGGAUUACUCAAGUGGGACUAACCACACUUUGCCAACGUAUGGUUACGCCAGACAAUAUUCUGGAGUCAAUACUGCUACUUUCCAGAAGUUUAUUACUUCUCAAGAAGUUACAGAAGACGGGCUUAAGAAUAUCGGCAAAGCGGUAAUGGAAUUAGCAAGAGUUGAGGGGUUGGAAGCUCACAGAAGAGCAGUUGAAAUCAGAAUGGAUAGGAUUACAUAG